AUGGGCUCCAAAUUCCAAGUUUACAUCGACCGCCUCCACACCUUCUCUCUGGCCGUGGCCAUUCAAGAGAUCGCCGACCUGAUGCCAGGUCUCACAAGCGUUGUCCCUCAGGAAUACGGCUACUUCGUCCAACACCCUGACUUUGAAGGGAUCGGCAACCUGAACGACAUCGGCACCCUCUGGCUGAAGCUCGGAUCGCAAUGUCACGAUGACCGCGCGCCCCUCAAAGUGCGCCUUGUCCACGUUUCCCAGGAUGACCUGAUCUACGAAAUCUACGGCACCAGCUACAGGAUGCUGAAUAAGGGACUCCGUGAUGGGACCGUGGCACCUCCCGUCCCUCAUGGGGAUCCCAAUUACUGCCCCUGCUGCAGCGGCGAGGCGAGCGCCACCAUCUUGGCUUAUUUCCAUGAGCGACAGGCGUUGUAUUUCACCGAGGAGGAAUACAAGGGUCUCUGGGGGGAUCAGCCGAAUGCAGGGGAGAAGUCUAGUGGUUGGACAAAAGAGAAUGGAUGGACGAAGCGUUCUAUCAGGGCGAGCAAGGAGCAGAUCGAGGAAGCGCUGGCGAGAGCCCGGGCCAGGAGAAUUGCGGGUAUGCUUUAG